CCUUGGUUUCUUCCGCUUUGAAUGGUUAUGGCAAGGCGCUGGUCAGUGAUUUGGCUAUUCGUCGUUGCCAUUCAUGUCGCCAAGGCAGACUCCAACAUUGGAUGUUUGUUCAGCGAAGCUCUCUGUGAUCCGGAACAGGAGUUUUGCUAUGACGAUUUUGCAUUCGGACGAUGCGUCAACGUAUUCGAUGAAGUUUCAAGGGAGGAUUUAUUCAAAUUUGAGUUGGCGGAUGUAGAGUUAAAUGUGCUGUCCCGUGAGCUGGAGCGGCUAGCAAGCUCCGGCUACCGAUGGAGUCACAUCUACACUCAGUGCGUCCUCCAAACCCUCCUCGAUAGUCUCAAGUCGGGUGAGGUGUACGACAGCACGGUUUGCAUACCCCUCCGGGAUCAGGAGGUCGAGAAGGCCUACACCCGCGGAACCUCGCUUCCAGGAGACCCAAGCAAUGUUGCGUUUAUCAAGUAUACUCCCAGCGAUGAAAAUCCUCACGCUGAUUUUGCCGAUGAAAUUUAUGCACCACCACCCUCAGAGGUGCUUGAUCGACAACCUUUCGAAGCUUUGAAAGCCAAAUUUAGGGAUGAUCAGCUUCGCCCUAAUCUAGACUCAGUACCAAGACAUUUCCGAAAGAAGUCAGAUCCCUUGAAGUAUAAAUGGCCUGAAGAUGACUCUCCAGUCUAUGCAGGCACUCAAAACGAGAGGCUAGCUACGUAUGAUAAGACACCUAAUGUUUACAGCAAUCAACACUUUAAUCCAAAUGAUCUGACUACGCUUUUUCAGCAUCCAAAAGCGGCAGGAUUUGAAAACCAAUUCCCUAAUUUCUAUUCCAACGACUAUAAUGAUGAUCUAGUAUCAACAGCACUUUUCAACCAAGAUUUCAAUACUCCUGAAAAAUUUCGGUUAGGCUUCGAAACAAAAGACUCAUAUAGCGACAAGAACGAUGUCCUUUCUCUUGGACGCAAUCAAAACGUCCUCAUACCUGUGUUAGGCCCCAAAAGCCAAGUAGAUAGUGGCUACACGGAAGGUGGUGUUGUCUACAUCCCGGAAAAAUCAAGUGACGUGGAGGGCGACAGUGAUUACAUCGAGAGUUUUGACCCAGAAACUGGUUGGACUUUCAAACGUAGAGAACGGUUAGACGUCAAAAAACCAGGACCACUGUUUCCACAAAAUAACUUUGUACAGCAGAAAAAUUUGGACUCAAAAGCGCAUCAAGACUUUAACUCGGAUCAUUAUGGCUCUCAGAUGCUUGAUCGCUCAUCCAAUCAUGCAGAAUAUGCUUUGCCCAUGCAUCAAGCCAGCACAAAUGUUAAAACAACAGAGGCCAAAAAUUCUAAUAGCGGAAAAAAUCCAGCGGACGAAGACUUAGAUCCUUAUGAUGCUGUAGAUCCAUCUUACACUUUUGUGGAAUUCAAAAACAGCAUUCGACAUUGGAAAAUUGGGGAAAGGAUCCUCAAAAAAAUUAUCAAACUUUUGCGCUUAUCUCCGAGAGCUUUCUCUCAUCUUCAAGUCAGUGAGAAUCAAAUAUCAUUCAAAAUUGAUUCGGACUUACUGAAAUUGAACGCAAGUGACGUGGCGGAGAGAAUCGAACACAUAAAGCCACAGCUUAAACGCGACUUUGAUGUGGACGUAGUUGCAGUUGGAAUCGGGAAUAAGACCAAGUACCCAACUGUUGUGAGUCUUGUGAAUGAAAACGACGACAUGCUUGUUGCAUUGGCGUUCCUCCUUGGAGGGAUCGGGUUCUCUCUUGUCAUCAUCGGUAUCAUUAUCAUCCUGCUCAAGAAGCAUGCUCGAUUUCAGGACAAAUUAGACGCUCUCAAUACACAUGACUCUGAAGCUAGCAAAGAAUACCAAGACCUGUGUCGAGCUCGCAUGGCAAAACAGGGCCAAGAAACAGCAGUGGCCGCUUCACCAACAGCCCGAAUAGCGAGCUUGUCUCGGGAGUCAGAUAAUAGUCCGUCGUCAAGAUCAAGCACUUCAUCAUGGAGCGAAGAGCCUGCCCUAACCAACAUGGACAUAUCCACAGGACACAUGGUUUUGUCUUACAUGGAAGACCAUUUGAGGAACAAGGACCGGUUAGAGAAGGAGUGGGCUGGCCUGUGCGCGUACGAAGCAGAGCCUUGCUCUGUCGCAAUAGCACAAAAGACAGAGAAUUCUAAGAAAAAUCGGUUCGUGAAUGCUCUACCCUAUGAUCACGCUCGCGUUGUUCUGAACGAGCUAGCAAACCUCUCUGGAUCCGACUAUAUUAAUGCUUCAACAAUUACUGAUCAUGACCCGCGCAAUCCAGCGUACAUCGCAACUCAAGGACCUCUACCGCAUACCGCCCCUGAUUUGUGGCAAAUGGUUUGGGAGCAGGGCUGCGUUGUUAUUGUCAUGCUAACAAGACUUAUCGAAAAUGAGGUAGUGAUGUCUCAUCGUUACUGGCCGGAAGAAGGCUCUGAAUUAUAUCAUAUCUAUGAGGUGCACCUGGUGAGUGAGCAUAUUUGGUGCGAUGACUAUUUAGUACGUAGCUUUUACUUGAAAAAUCUGAAGACAAGUGAAACACGCACAGUAACCCAGUUCCACUUCCUUUCGUGGCCCGAUGGUGGUGUACCAUCCAAUACCAAAGCACUCCUUGAAUUCCGCAGGAAAGUGAACAAAUCAUUCCGUGGUCGUUCCUGUCCAAUUGUUGUCCACUGCAGCGACGGAGUUGGCAGAACUGGAACAUACUGUCUCCUUGACAUGGUAUUGAAUCGAAUGGCGAAAGGAGCCAAGGAAAUCGACAUUGCUGCAACCUUGGAGCACAUCCGCGAUCAGCGUGCAGGAGCUGUCGCAACAAAACAGCAAUUCCAAUUUGUUCUCGCAGCCGUCGCAGAAGAAGUCCAAGCAAUUCUGCGAGCUCUACCAGCCACGACAGCGACAACAGCCGUCACUGUCACAACCUCCACAACUACUUCUGCGACCUAGGAAUCUCAACUGACUGGGAAAACUGUCUCCGCACAGUAAUAUACGGACACUAGCUCGAGCGACUGACUAUCAGUUCUGUCAUCUCUCUUUCUUCUAGUUGCCAAACUCUGACUUUUUUUCUUCACGAAUAAAGAUAGAAUUUCCUCACCCAAGUUGAAGAGGAUUUUUUUGAGUGUAAAAUCUGUUUUCUGAGUCUCCUUAAUAGUGUCCAGAACCUAAGAAACUGGAAAAUUCUGGGAUCCAUAAAAAGUUUAUCUGGGGAUCAGAGUUCAAGAUGGGAAAUUACCUCAUUUUCUGCUUGGUUUUAAGACCAUUUUGUCUUUUACCUUGCAGUCUGUUUUUACUCAGCGCCAAGAAUUAGCCAGAAGAUGAAAAAAUGGAUACUUUAGCACUGAAGUCUGCAGAUAAGCAUAGUUUUUUCUGAGAGGAAGGAGAAUAAUUGGUAGGUAAUCCAAGGUUUUCAUCAGAAAUGCGCUCUUAAAAAUCUCAAGAAAUGAGUAUAUCAGAAAAUUUCAGACACCUUGGCUCAAAAAAAUGUUCCAGUAAAUUACAAACCUAUGGUGAAACUGCGAUACCUCAGUUUACAUCUGAACAGGGAAAUGUACCGAGUUAAGCAGGUCAUCGAACUUGUAAGGAUUUAGUGACAUCUUUCUGUCUUCAAAUCAGCUGUCUUGAACGAAUUUAGAUAGUCAGUCGAUUACAUGAUUCAGUCUGUGCCAAAUUUUUGACUUUUGAACUCAAAAUGACAAGGUUUUUGAACCAAGAAUGACCUAAAUCAAAAAAAUGAUGUGUUAUGCGCACAACCUGACUUUUCAUUAUUGAUGGAAAUGAGUGUGUUUGAAUCCGAAUCCUUUGAAGAAAAAGAAACUUGUCCCUAAAAAAAUGUUUGCCUGUUGGUGGUUCCUAGCGUUUUGCCUCUUACUUCAAUAGAUUAAAAAAAAAUUGAGGCAGCUCCCAGCAUAAAUCUAGGAAAAUGCCACAUAGAAUUUUUAACUGAAGGGACUUCUACAGUACAUUAAAGAUAUGUUUAAUCCUGAAUAUCAUCCACACAUCUGCACUACAUAAAUUCAAAAUGAUUCUGAAAUCUCUUCUCUCCAUUUUCUUUUCUUUUAAAUUCGAAUUUGUUUAAGUCUACUUAGAAUUGAUAGCAUUUUGUAAUUUUAAAUGGCUAAAUUUUGCACAACCCUUUCCCUAAGAUGAGUAUUUUUCUCUCAGCAACAAUUUUACAUUUCAGAAUUUAUUUUUGAUAUUUGUUUCCGAACUAGUUGAUUUUUUGAGCACAUUGGAGUUCUCUUUCCCCCUCAACUUUUCCGGCGACCCGAACUGACUGCAAAGAAGGAAAUCUCACUUUAUAGGCGUAAGUUAUCUCAGGGAUGUAGACUUUUCCUGUAACCGGUUAUGCUAGAUUUUGCACAGUUCAAACACUAUUUAAUAAUCGAAUUUUUGUUUUAAUUUUUUUUAUUCCAUCAAAAGCAUCAGCAAAAUGAAAUUGUCCAAUUGUUAGUUUCAGGAAAUGUUUGAAAGUUACCGUCCAAACUUUGAGCAUUGAUAGUAAUAGGAAUUUGAAUGUCUUUUUUGGAAAGUCCCCAACUAGAAAAUUGAACAUUUUGAAAGUGCAAAAAAAAACAGUCAAAGAUCGAUGAAGAGCAUUUUACCUUCUAAUUUUUAAUGCCCAUAAAAAUCUGAAUGGCAUUCAAACAUUGAAAAUGUUUCAGAAGUUUCAAAAAAUGAAUGAAGAUUUUGAAAAAAAAAAUUCAUUAGAAAUGUCAUUUUGGACAAAAAAACUCAAUUUAGACUCUUUCUGAAUAAAGAUAUUCAAUUAUAAAAUGUGAAGAUUUGUGAAAGAAAAAAAAUUAAAACAAUCCUAAUGAUGUACGUCACGGAAAACGCAUGAAUCGACUUUGCCAUUUUUUUUUUUUUUGACAUUUGGAGAAAAGUGUUAAAAAAUGAGGCCAAUGUUCAGUUUUUAAUGAAAAAUCAAAUUUUCAAGCUACAUAUUUCCAGAAUUAAUCCAUUAUAUAUACUGGUCUUCACAUAUAACCUAAAGGAAAGGUAUUGGAUUCAAAUCAAAGUUCCAUUUUUUUAAUUUACUUAUUUUCUUACCUCAUUUUUUUCUGCUAAUUGAUUGCUUAUAUUUUUUUAAAUAAAUAACUGUCAUGAUCCCUCACCUGGGCUUUUAUCUCAAUUGAUUCCUAUUGUCAAAGUCCGGCUUGAAAUGCAGACUCCAAUGUGUUGACCUUGGUGCAUAUUGUUACCUUCUGUUUAAUUCUAUUUUUCUUGUUUUAAGUUGGAUGCAUCUACGUUGUAUUCUCUUUAAAUUUUAAGUAUCUUAAUUUCUUGACAGAGGCAGUAUCUGCACUUUCGUUUUUCGACAGAAACAGGACGAACGAUACAAGCUUUAUGAGGCAAAAAAACGAGGCGUGAAGUUGAAAGCAUCGAUAAUUAUUUUUGUAUGAAUUUGUUUAUGCUAGUCAAUUGUUUAAAAGUAUUUCAUUGUGUCUACGAGUGUUUUACGUUAUGGAUGGACAUAUUUUAUUUAUUAUAGGAUACCUGUUUAAUUGUUACUCUUGAAUUUAUCGUGUAUUUUGAGGCAUCAUUUUAAGAGUUGAUCAUCGCCUUGACCGAGAAAAGUUAUUAAUGUUAUGCUUUUCUUCGCCCCCCCCCCUUAUCUAAUGAAUGCAAAAGUUAGCUAAGCCCCCAUGCAAUUCUUAGGAAACCAACGAAAACUGUAUUUUGAAUGUCCCAUUGAAAAAUCUCAUCGCCCAAUAAUUUUUCUUUUUUUUUUUCAUUCUUACGAAAGAUUGCCCGAUUCACUUACGUAUUUGGAUGACUAAAGUUGAGAAAUGUGUAUCCCAGUUUGCGAUCUGUAAGUCCUCCGUCAUGAUAUAUUUGUUUGAAGGAAACUGACCAAAAGUUACUGUUAGAAUUUUUUGUAAAUUUUCUUUUGUCAUUCUAAAAAAAAUCACUCAAAAUUGCAGGAAACCUUUUGAUGAGUUCCCUGAAAAAAAUUAACCAUUAUUGGAGGUAUUCAAACGUUACACUCGAGAUACAAAUUUUUCGCAUUUAGCCAUCAUGUGUACGUUGUUAAAAAUGUCUGUUAUAUCAAUCCUACUUUUACUUUUUUUUCCAUCUCCUUUCUUCACUUUUUCCCCAAACAUUCAAAUGAAUAAUUGCAUUGCAUUCUUGCGUUUUGCUUCAGAUUCGUAAAUUAAAUUUCAAAGUCAUGCAUACCAACAAAUACCACCUUAGUAUGUAGUUUUAUUUUUGAAAUCUACCAAACCAAUAUUGAUAGACUUAUUUACCCUGAAGCCCACUUUUUAGAAUGAGCCUGGUGUUGACAAGCUGUAUUUAAAUUAUUUGGUAUUUAAUUCACACACCGUCUGGCUCAUUACUAUGACACCUUGCAAGAAGUAUCCUCUAAAAUAAAGCAUCAUCAAAUGGAUCGCAUCAACCAAGACAGAAGCAUGAUUGUUGAGGAACAAACUCAAGCUGGCUGAGCGGUAGUUACUGAUGAUUUACGAUAGCAAAAUAUUAAUCAUUAAUAAUAUUUUCUGUAUCAAUAGUGCUCCUUUCAGGUACUCAUCUUCGUUCGUACUGUAUUUGACCCGCUUUGUUUUUCAGCACAAACUUGUCAUUCACUAUUGAUAUUCUGAAGCUCUCAGACAUCCCAUGCGCAAAUUAGCAGAUAUUGUGAAAGAUGCGCCUCUCUGUGUCCCAUACUAUUUAAAGCGCCUGUCCCAGACACCAACUGGAGUUUGCAAACUGGCCCUAAUCCUCUGAUAUCUUGGUCAUUCCUACACGAAAUUCUUUGAAAAUCUCAAGAUAUGAUCUACGACGUGUCCAAAACACAUCGGUUACCUUCAAAAAUUGUCAGGCCGACAAUCUCCUCAACAAUUCCAUGGAUGAGCCUCUUUGAAGCCUCCAGUUUGUGCGUGGUACGGGCGCUUCAAAGAACUGUGUCUGUAAAUUUAAAAAGGGAGGGGUUGUUACAAUCUCAAGAAUUCGAAGAGACUCUGAGACUUGCCAUUAAUUCCAACAUUGACUCCCCUGAUUUCCCUCAGAACACAACUGGUGAAAGAGUAUUAGUGGAAAAAUUCUCCGAAUGGAUCCGCCAAAAUUGCAGGAUCCUCCAUUGCCUCAAUAUUGAAAAUUAUACCUUAUCGUUUUCAUUGUUUUAAUUUUACCCUCCAUCAGAACCAAACCUCCCUUCAUUCGUUCACAUUAUUCAGCUUGAAUAAACAGCCAAUCAUUUCCUUUUUUACCAUCAGUUUUUUGAAAGGAAACUUCUCAGCAGUCCUUAGUUUAUUUUAUUUUAUACUUUGAUAAGUCUUUUUAAAUCGUAUCUCACUCCAAGUCUUGAACAUUCAUCUGGUUUUUUGGUCUUGUACCAGUCUAAUGUACCUACCAAUUAAAGUCUCACAAAUAAAAACAUUGAUGUUUGUAAGUGCC